AUGGAGGGAGUAAAAGAGGGACAGAUCAAGAUAGGGAAGGGAGGGAUAGAGAGAGAGAUGGAGAGAUGGUGGCAGGGAGGAAAAGACAGGGUGACCAAGAUGGAGAAAUAAGAUGGCUGAUAACCUUCACACACUCUCCGGUUGGUCCGCAGUUGGUCGACAGUGUGUUGAGUGCAGUUUGUCAUUGUGGUAUAUUGAGCUGCACCUCUGGCUAAUGGACGUCAUUGUCAGCUAUGCUGGACACUCAGAGCAUGACACAACCAUCCUGCAAAGUGUCCUGUGAGUGUACUAAAAAGAUCAGUGGACGCCCAUGUGUUACUACAAAUAUACUACUGCAUUACUCUAAAUCAGAGGUCUCUACCAUAGCUCACCCAUGAGUAGCUCACCAAACAAUUCUGAAAGCACAUGGAAUGUUUCAUGUGUUCCAUCGCAAACUGUCAUUAACAAAUCUCACAAGUAUCAGACACAGCAAGCUCCCAGCUACUAUCUAAUCAACUGAACAUUUACAUGAUCCCACCCCUGGUUAGCCACUAUUGGCUUAAAAAGCCAAACCUAACACAAUAUCUGCCAAUACAUUUUCAGCAAUAUUGCCCCUGUCUGUCUGUGUAGUGGCCCCGUGUAGCUCAGUUGGUAGAGCAUGGCGCUUGCAAUGCCAGGGUUGUGGGUUUCGAUUCCCACCGGGGGCCAGUAUGAAAAUGUAUGCACUCACUAGCUGUAAGUCGCUCUGGAUAACAGCGUCUGCUAAAUGACUAAAAUGUAAAUGUCUAUCACUCUUUGUGUAGCCAGUUGAUGAGGUAACCGUCUUGUGGGUUGAAAGAAAUACUUUCCCCAAAACCUUCUCAAUGAAAUGUUAACUGCAAAGUAGGCUUACCUGGCAGAAGUAUAUCAUGAGUAAGUGUAUACAAUUUCUAUCUAUUCUUUUUUUAUUUGCAAACUUUGCCAUGAAAUGAGCAGCAACAGUACAGAAACAUCGCUAGAUGCACAAUUAAAAGGUCCGAUGCGUAAUUAAAUGGGGAAUGACACUCAAAAAUCAAUUUGUUAGUGGGGACAGGAGGAGCAGGUAGCUGCCUAGUGGUGGAUAUUCAGCAGCCUGAUGGUCUGGGGGUAGAAGCUCUUGCUCAGUCUUCCAGUUUUUGCCAUGAUGCUCCUGUACUGCCCGCGUCUUAGUGAUGGAAGUGGGGAGAACAGGCCGUGACUCGGGUGGCUGGGGUCCCUGAUGAUCUUCUUGGCCUUCCUGCGACACCUGGUGUUGUAGCUGUCCUGUAGGGCAGGCAGUGUGCACCCAGUGGUGCGUUCGGCUAAGCGUACCAUCCUUUGUAGUGCCUUGCGGUCCGCGGUGGUGGAGUUGUCGUACCACGCUGUGAUGCAGCCCGACAGUAUGCUCUCAAUGGUGUUCCUGUAGAACACUGUGAGGCCCCUCUGGGACAAGCCACAUCCUGAGGUUGAAGAGUUGCUAUCGUGCCUUCUUCACCACGGUGGGUGAAAAUACACUGCUAAAAAAAAUAAAGGGAACACUAAAAUAACACAUCCUAGAUCUGAAUGAAUUAAAUAAUCUUAUUAAAUACUUUUUUCUUUACAUAGUUGAAUGUGCUGACAACAAAAUCACACAAAAAUGAUCAAUGGAAAUCAAAUUUAUCAACCCAUGGAGGUCUGGAUUUGGAGUCACCCUCAAAAUUAAAAUGGAAAACCACACUACAGGCUGAUCCAACUUUGAUGUAAUGUCCUUAAAACAAGUCAAAAUGAGGCUCAGUAGUGUGUGUGGCCUCCACGUGCCUGUAUGACCUCCCUACAACACCUGGGCAUGGUCCUGAUGAGGUGGCGGAUGUUCUCCUGAGGGAUCUCCUCCCAGACCUGGACUAAAGCAUCCGCCAACUCCUGGACAGUCUGUGGUGCAACGUGGCGUUGGUGGAUGGAGCGAGACAUGAUGUCCCAGAUGUGCUCAAUUGGAUUCAGGUCUGGGGAACGGGCGGGCCAGUCCAUAGCAUCAAUGCCUUCCUCUUGCAGGAACUGCUGACACAAUCCAGCCACAUGAGCUCUAGCAUUGUCUUGCAUUAGGAGGAACCCAGGGCCAACCGCACCAGCAUAUGGUCUCACAAGGGGUCUGAGGAUCUCAUCUCGGUACCUAAUGGCAGUCAGGCUACCUCUGGAGAGCACAUGGAGGGCUGUGCGGCCCCCCAAAGAAAUGCCACCCCACACCAUGACUGACCCACCGCCAAACCGGUCAUGCUGGAGGAUGUUGCAGGCAGCAGAACGUUCUCCACGGCGUCUCCAGACUCUGUCACGUCUGUCACGUGCUCAGUGUGAACCUGCUUUCAUCUGUGAAGAGCACAGGGCGCCAGUGGCGAAUUUGCCAAUCUUGGUGUUCUCUGGCAAAUGCCAAACGUCCUGCACGGUGUUGGGCUGUAAACACAACCCCCACCUGUGGACGUCGGGCCCUCAUACCACCCUCAUGGAGUCUGUUUCUGACCGUUUGAGCAGACACAUGCACAUUUGUGGCCUGCUGGAGGUCAUUUUGCAGGGCUCUGGCAGUGCUCCUCCUUGCACAAAGGCGGAGGUAGCAGUCCUGCUGCUGGGUUGUUGCCCUCCUACGGCCUCCUCCACGUUUCCUGAUGUACUGGCCUGUCUCCUGGUAGCGCCUCCAUGCUCUGGACACUACGUUGACAGACACAGCAAACCUUCUUGCCACAGCUCGCAUUGAUGUGCCAUCCUGGAUGAGCUGCACUACCUGAGCCACUUGUGUGGGUUGUAGACUCCGUCUCAUGCUACCACUAGAGUGAAAGCACCGCCAGCAUUCAAAAGUGACCAAAACAUCAGCCAGGAAGCAUAGGAACUGAGAAGUGGUCUGUGGUCACCACCUGCAGAACCACUCCUUUAUUGGGGGUGUCUUGCUAAUUGCCUAUAAUUUCCACCUGUUGUCUAUUCCAUUUGCACAACAGCAUGUGAAAUGUAUUGUCAAUCAGUGUUGCUUCCUAAGUGGACAGUUUGAUUUCACAGAAGUGUGAUUGACUUGGAGUUACAUUGUGUUGUUUAAGUGUUCCCUUUUAUUUUUUUGAGCAGUGUAUAAUGUUUAGUAUGCGACAUUUGGUUUAAAAGCCAGAAUGUUAUUUCGGCUGUUCAUCUGGUAGAUUUCGAUGCACACUGUUCCACAAUGCAUUGGAAGAGGUGGGCUGCGAGUGAUUUAGUUCUCUUCAAGCAGCCAAACAAAAAAACUAGGCUACUUAAUUGGGAAGGUACCGAAGGUUCUGCGGUUCAAAUGUAGGUUAAGUAGAUUGUGUUCUCCUUAAAAUGAUAAUGAGUAUUGCAUUGUAUGCUACAUCUUUGAAAACGGAAGUCUUUAAACAAAAUGUUUACCCAAAGUGGGUUUCUGUUUUCUCACUGAAAAGUGUGUUCUCUUGGCCUUCGUCAGAGCUUUUAAACUAAAUACUAAACCAUCUUUUGAUUUCAGAAUGUGUCAGCACGGGGACUUGGGAUGUGGCUGCGUUUUUGAUGUCAUGUUAAUCAGGCCUUUUGAUUUGAACAUAUGGAUUGUUUUAGUUUUGUAGGCUAGGCUACCUAUUUAAUUAUUUAAUUUAUGGAUGAAGCCUUAGCAGUGAUUCUGAUCUCGUUCCCAAUUAUCAGUGCUUUAGUUUACUAUGUUGCUGUCCAGCAGUUCUGAAUUUGCGAUGCACCCGGCUGUCCACAUUUGUCUGUGCAAAAGUGUUUUGAUUUGAACAUUUAAAAAGUGUUGGUGUGUGUACUAGGCUAUUUUAUUUAAUUUAUAUACACUGCUCAAAAAAAUAAAGGGAACACUUAAACAACACAAGUCAAUCACACUUCUGUGAAAUCAAACUGUCCACUUAGGAAGCAACACUGAUUGACAAUACAUUUCACAUGCUCUUGUGCAAAUGGAAUAGACAACAGGUGGAAAUUAUAGGCAAUUAGCAAGACACCCCCAAUAAAGGAGUGGUUCUGCAGGUGGUGACCACAGACCACUUCUCAGUUCCUAUGCUUCCUGGCUGAUGUUUUGGUCACUUUUGAAUGCUGGCGGUGCUUUCACUCUAAUGGUAGCAUGAGACGGAGUCUACAACCCACACAAGUGGCUCAGGUAGUGCAGCUCAUCCAGGAUGGCACAUCAAUGCGAGCUGUGGCAAGAAGGUUUGCUGUGUUUGUCAGCGUAGUGUCCAGAGCAUGGAGGCGCUACCAGGAGACAGGCCAGUACAUCAGGAGACGUGGAGGAGGCCGUAGGAGGGCAACAACCCAGCAGCAGGACCGCUACCUCCACCUUUGUGCAAGGAUGAGCAGGAGGAGCACUGCCAGAGCCCUGCAAAAUGACCUCCAGCAGCUCAAACGGUCAGAAACAGACUCCAUGAGGGUGGUAUGAGGGCCCGACGUCCACAGGUGGGGGUUGUGCUUACAGCCCAACACCGUGCAGGACGUUUGGCAUUUGCCAGAGAACACUAAGAUUGGCAAAUUCGCCACUGGCGCCCUGUGCUCUUCACAGAUGAAAGCAGGUUCACACUGAGCACAUGUGACAGACGUGACAGAGUCUGGAGACGCCGUGGAGAACGUUCUGCUGCCUGCAACAUCCUCCAGCAUGACCGGUUUGGCGGUGGGUCAGUCAUGGUGUGGUGUGGCAUUUCUUUGGGGGGCCGCACAGCCCUCCAUGUGCUCGCCAGAGGUAGCCUGACUGCCAUUAGGUACAGAGAUGAGAUCCUCAGACCCCUUGUGAGACCAUAUGCUGGUGCGGUUGGCCCUGGGUUCCUCCUAAUGCAAGACAAUGCUAGACCUCAUGUGGCUGGAGUGUGUCAGCAGUUCCUGCAAGAGGAAGGCAUUGAUGCUAUGGACUGGCCCGCCCAUUCCCUAGACCUGAAUCCAAUUGAGCACAUCUGGGACAUCAUGUCUCGCUCCAUCCACCAACGCCACGUUGCACCACAGACUGUCCAGGAGUUGGCGGAUGCUUUAGUCCAGGUCUGGGAGGAGAUCCCUCAGGAGACCAUCCGCCACCUCAUCAGGAGCAUGCCCAGGCGUUGUAGGGAGGUCAUACAGGCACGUGGAGGCCACACACACUACUGAGCCUCAUUUUGACUUGUUUUAAGGACAUUACAUCAAAGUUGGAUCAGCCUGUAGUGUGGUUUUCCACUUUAAUUUUGAGUGUGACUCCAAAUCCAGACCUCCAUGGGUUGAUAAAUUUGAUUUCCAUUGAUAAUUUUUGCGUGAUUUUGUUGUCAGCACAUUCAACUAUGUAAAGAAAAAAGUAUUUAAUAAGAUUAUUUCAUUCAUUCAGAUCUAGGAUGUUAUUUUAGUGUUCCCUUUAUUUUUUUGAGCAGUGUAUGUUACAGCACUUUGGUUUCAGUAAUAAAUAUGUUGAAAUGGAACCAAAUGAUCUGUUUCUGUCUUCAGUCCUUUUUCAAUAGGAUAGAUGGGCUACAUGGUCUAGUACGAUAUAGGUCAAAUGUGAUAGUCUGCCUAUAACCAGCCUGAAUAGGGCUAUAACUCUAUUCCUAUUCUAUUCAGAGUUUAGAGAAAUUAAUCAAAUUGGAAAUGAGCUAUUAUCAGGCUGGUUAAUACAAUGCAUGUCUGUUGAAUUUGUAAAAGUCCACCCGCACUCGGCCCCGCCCCACCUACUCAGCCAAUCAGGAGCCGCUACUGCGAUGCAGCCGUUUAUGGUAGAGUGGCAAGAUGGAAGCCACUCCUCAGUAAAAGGCACAUGACAGACCACUUGGAAUUUGCCAAAAGGCACCAAAAGGACUCUCAGACCAUGAGAAACAAGAUUCUCUGGUCUGAUGAAACCAAGACUAAACUCUUUGGUCUGAUUGCCAAGCGUCAUGUCUGGAGGAAACCUGGCACCAUCCCUACGGUGAGGCAUGGUGGUGGCAGCAUCAUGCUGUGGGGAUGUUUUUCAGAGGCAGGGACUGGGAGACUAGUCAGGAUCAAGGGAAAGAUGAUUGGAGCAAAGUACAGAGAGAUCCUGAUGAAAACCUUCUACAGAGCGCUCAGGACCUCAGACUGGGGCGAAGGUUCACCUUCGAACAGAACAACGACCCUAAGCACACAGCCAAGACAACGCAGGAGUUGCUUUGGGACAAGUCUCUGAAUGUCCUUGAGUGGCCCAGCCAGAGCCCGGACUUGAACCCGAUCGAACAUCUCUGGAGAGACCUGAAAAAAGCUGUGCAGCGACGCUCCCCAUUCAACCUGACAGAGCUUGAGAGGAUCUGCAGAGAAGAAUGGGAGAAACUCCCCAAAUACAGUUGAAACCUGUUUUUGCUUUGUCAUUAUGGGGUAUUGUGUGUAGAUUGAUGAGGGGGAAAAAAAGAUUUAAUCAAUUUUAGAAUAAGGCUGAAACGUAACAAAAUGUGGAAAAAGUCAAGGGGUCAGAAUACUUUCCAGGGUUGUAAUGAUAAUGUAUCCAGGGCAUUUUGGGGAUCUGGUGACAUGAGGCAUGGCUGGAUUUUAAGAGAUUAACCCGAGCAGAGUUUUUUUCCAGACUGAAUGUGUAGGCUGAAGGGUUUCAGUUUAUAAUAUGUUUAUAAGACUCCAACGCCUGAUUCCCUCUUCAUGUGACCCUCAUAAAUACCACCAAUAGGACACCAAUAGUUAAGUCCUAAUUCCCAUGGAUUCAUAAGCCUAUAAGGUGCGGAGGUGAUAAUAACUCCUCCCUCUACAAUACAGGUGACUAUUGUGUGUAGAUUGAUGAGAAUAAAAUAUAUAUAAUCCAUUUUAGAAUAAGGCUGUAACGUAACAAAAUGUGGGAAAGGGGACGGGGUCUGAAUACUUUCCGAAUGCACUGUACAUGGCUUUGUUAAGGACAUGUCCCAAUGCAGGCUUAGGGGAGGGAAUGUUCUCUGGGGCAAGUGUGAGGUUCGACCAGACAACCACAGAUAUGGAAUAGAUAGAAUGAACAUCUACGUGAAUAUGGGUUCAUGACAUGCUACCCUGUGGAAUAUGUCAGACAGUCUGUUCUUUACGUUCUAGAUCUACGGUUAGACACUAGACAGUGUGUCCUGACUGUCCUCCACCUCCUCUGCUCGUGGCCAGUGGGGCCAGUGUUGUGAAAUGUCCAGAUUUAGAGGUGGGACCGUGGUGUUUGCCUGUUUAAAUUAAACCAGAGGUAUUUACGAGCGGACAUUCUCCUCUGCGCCGUUCCCAUGGGGCCUGGGCAUGACUUCACAACAUUAGGGUGAGAGGCGAGGGGGGAGAGAUGGGAGGGAGGGUAUGAGAGUGAUGGGACGGGGGGAUGAGAGCUAGCCAGGCAUUUGGUGUGGCUGUAUGUUACAACAUUGGCUUCCAAGGUGACUAUAAAGUAUACUCAUCUUGGUGACAAUGCACCUUGUAACUAUGCCUGUCCAGUGAGGUUGAGCAAAGUCCAACUAGAACUUGCACUUUGUGCUCUUUCAGAUGCCCCAGGGGGAGAGGAGGAGAGAGAAGAACCAGAGAAAGAGGAGGAGAAACAGCCCACAGAUCAAGCAUCCCCACAGGAGAAGAAAGGAAAGAAGAGGAAGAGUGUAACAGAAAAACCAGUCCCGGCCAAGAAGAAGAAGACUGCACUGGUAUGUAAUAGUUUGUUGUAAACGUCACACUUCUGACUUCAAUGUGUUUUGUCUGGUGUACAAGUGUACUGCUUCUGUCUCAAAUAUAUUUGUCUACACAGAAAUCACAGACUGAGUGUUUUAUGGCUCAGGAGAAGAAAGAGGAUGAGGGAGAAAAAAAGCCCAAGAAAAAGAGGAAGGUAAGAUCAUUGAAGAGACACCUGCUGUACCAAAGAGGAACUGCAGUUAAAAUGUGCAUAAAUUCAGUCGCAUUGGUGUUAUAAAGUGGGAAUUGUGGCUUUGUGAGUAUUCAGAAGAAGAAGAAGACGAUCACAGACGUCCUCGCCACCUCGGAACCCAAACCGGGCUCUCCAGGUGACCUGCAGAGCCUGGUUCUAGAACACUUCAAAGACAAGCGCUCCGUCAUCGAGCUGGAGGAGCUCAAACUACAGGGUGAGUCACCUUUGACCUUUCAACUAUCACACCUGACUUCUGUCUGCUGUUAGGUCUAAAACAUGAAACACACCGGUACUCACUGCCGAUAGGUACUUAUCACAGUGGGAGGCCGUUCCUUCUCUUGCUAGAACAAAAGCGGUCAUUUUCUCCGUACAUCCACGGAUGAGCCAGUCACACUUCAUAUGCAAUAUACAGUAGGCUAUGUAAUAGUAGCUAGGUAAGUGCACAGACGCAAUGCACACAACACUAAAUACUUCCUCCAAGCUAGCUAACCACUGUAGCUAGUAUUGACAUUAUAAUUAAAUCACAAUUGGUUAGCUAGUUUCCAUGAAACAGCUGCCUGUGUUAGCUGCCGAAUAUGUGCAAUGUUCUUAGCUAGCUAGCGAAUAUGCUAACGUUAGCUAGCUAGCUGAACAUUUGGCUAUGAGCUGGCAUUCGCAGUAUGGGAUUAUGGAGAGUGAAUUAAAUUGCUAGGUAGGUAUCUAGCUGUGGCCAUCUGGCUAGUAUCAACAAGGGCUUUCUACAAAAUGGCAAGAUUAACGCAGAUAGCUUGGAAUUUAGACCAUAACCAUAAUGACUAAAAUGUAAAUGUAAAAAACGCUACUGCCACCUUCUGGUUUGGAGUAUUUUAACAAGGCUGAGGGCUGACGACUUCAAAGGUCUUUGCUGUGUGAACACAAAAGAGAUUGACUGCCGACACUGUUCAGAGGUGCUAAGUAUUGUCGGCAGGUAAACGUUGGACAAACCUACCGGUGUAUCUGAGUUUAAGGACCAUCAGUCUGUCUGUCUAAAGGCGUCUGCAUGCUUCCCAGCCGAAAUAUUUCGUAAGAGGUCUUUCAUACAGUAUAUUUUGAUAACAUUUUGUGACGUUUUUGUUCAUUUUCAACAUCGUUAAGGGUUUUUUCGUCUGUUCAAGCACACCAUUUUUUCUUAGGCAAGCCGAAGUCGAUAGCCGAAGUCUACGCCCCUUCGUCGGUGAUUGGUCAACAGUAGGGAUUUGUUGUCAUUCACUGAGAGACGACUCAUUUUCAUGCACAUUUUUUCAUUAAGAAAUACUGCACCCAACAUCUUAGUUAGAUGUAGAAUUGUGUGAUUACGAUCUCCUCGGCAAAAACGUCAAAAUGAGUGACAGAUUUCUUGAGUUAUCUUAGAUUCAUUCUGACUAUUGAGGAAGUGUAUACUGGCUACGGCGUCUCAAAAUGGACAAACAGUAAUAUUGCCGCUUUUUGUCUUGUUUUUCAAGCGGUCUUUUAAGGGAGUAUGCGAGCACACGGUUUGCCUAGCCGAGUUCGGAUAGGUGCCAGCCGAACUGAAGCAUGCGAACGCCUUUAGUCUCUCUCUAGUCUCUCUCUCUUACUCACUCACUUUCUCUGAAUUUCCUAAUGUGACUUUCUUCUCUGAUUGGUCACAGAUUCCUGCUUUGUGACGAGUAAUGACCUCACACACAGCCUCUCCUCCUACCUGAAAGAAAGUGAGUUCAAAUCAAACCAUCACACCUUACAUACCUAAAUACAUAACAUUUUACAUUUACAUUAGAUACCUCUCACCAAUACAUUACUCCUUUUUAACCACAAUGUUACACUAAUAGGACUGCUGUCCCAUAUGUGCUGUAAGUCUUCUGUCAUGUUCCGAGAUGUGUUCUUGGGUAUUAACUCAGUCUGGUGUUGGCUUCCCCUCCUAAUCGCCUCUCCUUCAUCUGCACUGCUUUAGUAGAGGAAAUGAGGAGAGGAAGCCACUUUAGACUAUUGACAUCCGUCCCUUGUAUCACUGUAUAUGUUUUUCCCUUUCUCUUUUCGCUCAGUUUGUCCCAAAUGGGCUAAGGUCCAGAAGCAGCACACAGAGAAGAGUUCUGUGGUUAUGCUAAUCGUCUGUAGCUCCGCCCUAAGAGUUAUCGAGCUCAUCAAGUGAGUAACAACACACAUCUCCCUCGUUUACCAUUUAUCAUCUUUUAUUUCCUUUUAUUGUGUAUACUUUAUGGCACUUCUCAGCUCAAUAUAAUGUUCCCUUGUUUUUACCUCUUCACCAGACAGUUGACCACCUUCAAGGGAGAGGCCAAAGUGCUGAAGCUGUUUGCAAAGCACAUCAAGGUAACAGACCUUACUGUACAAUAGAUUCCUAUGAAUAUUAAUGGAGACAGAUGAGCCGUUCUGUGAGUGAGUAAAGCCAAGCGUGACUGUACUCUUUCUGUCCCCAGGUAGAGGAGCAGGUGAAGCUCCUACAGAAGGGGGUGACACACAUCGGGGUGGGGACACCAGGGAGACUGAGCGCCCUCAUAGAGAAAGGUACAGCUUGUCCUUAGUGUGGCUUAAUAUACUGUGACUUUGUUCUGAUCGUCUAACCUUCAACCUGAGGUGUGCACUAAUUCACUCCCCCUCAGGGAUUUAACCCCCAUCUGACCCCUAUCUGACCUCUGACCUUUUCCAGAGGGUCUGACCCUUCCGCCGCUGCGCUUCCUGGUUCUGGACUGGAACUGGAGGGACCAGAAGCUUCGCAGGAUGGUGGACGUCCCUGAGGUGAGACUACAAGGCCCCCUGCUGGUCCAGUAACAGUCAUACUUUACACAGCACGGAAAAUGUACACUAGUAUUACAUGGGCUUUCUGCCAGACAGACUAUAUAUGGGGUUUCUUAAUAACACAGCCCUCUUUUUCACUUCCAGGUCAAAGGUGACUUGCUGAAGCUGCUGGAUACGGGGAUCUUGAAAGGUUGUAGGGAAGGAAAAGUCAAAGUGGGACUGUUCUGAUACAGAUACACAUACACACACCUAGUGUCAUACUACGCCUUAGACUGACACAAACACACACCCAACCAAGUCAAACUGGACCUCUUCUGAUCAUGCUCUCUUUCACACGCAACAAAGUUAAGUAGGGCCCCUCAAACCAAUCCUGUCUCCAUAACAGACAGUGAGACUGCUGGACAUUUCAACCAUCUUCCCUAUCCUGCUUUUACCCUCUCUAUGUGACACUGUGUUGUUCUUGUUCUAUUUUAAGUGACCGUGUAAAAUGUCUGAUAUGGUUUAUACAGUGUUGUAGUUCAACACCACCCGACCGUGUGAUGGUUUGAAUAAAGACAUUCUGAAUGGAACCAGACUCUCUCUCUGUUUGUUCACCCACACUAGCGGGAAGCCCCUCCCACUGAGCCUGAGAUGUCAUGAGUUGUUUCGCCCAGUAGGAAGUCUGGUUUAUCAUAACAUCCUGUAUGUGAGUGUGUUCUACAACUAGGAAGCUGGAACAGACAACGGCAACUAGUUUUAGUGGGGAAGAAAUAACUGAUCGUAAGGUACUGUCGGAAAAUAAACCGGAGAUAUUUUAGUACUUAGAUGAUAUGAUCGACUGAAAUACAUCAGUAUGUAUGUAGGACUGAAUCGCUAGGGAAGGAGUGAGCAAAGAACAGUAGAAAAAGAGCAAGUAGAGCGGAGGAUUCUGGUUAAUGAGUAACGGCCAGCAGCCUGUCUCAAAGGUCUUCCCCACCCUAGUCGAGGGAGAGAAAUGUUUUUGAUAAGACCGCGUUAAAGAAGACCGGAAGAGAAGAGAGGGAAGACUCCUCUCCCCUGCUUGUUCUCUGGUUGUCUGACUUUCCCGUACUCCUCUCCCUUCCCCAGCCGGAGCUCUCUGUCAUGGGCAAGGCGAAGGCAAACGCUGGGCCCCUGGCCCGGAGGCCUGAUAACUCUGCUUUCAAACAGCAGAGACUGCCUGCCUGGUCCCCAAUGCUCACAGCUCAAACCGUCCUGCCUUUCUUCUACAGUAUGGCCGCUGUGUGUGUGCUGCUGGGGGUGUGGCUACUUGUCACCGUGCAGAAUACACACGAACUGAAGGUGAGUAAGCGAUCCUUUCGAAUAAAACUAAUACUUUUUUCCUCUACCGAUACACACACACACACAAUCACUUGAAAUGGAGCAGGUAACACCCUCCAGAGUGCAUAGCUUAUCUAACCAUGAACACAAGACAGAGGGAUAGGUAGGAGACAAUAAGAGCAGAUCCAGGAUAUUCUGAUAGAGAGGUAGAGACAAUAUGAGAGGGAACAGUUCCAGGGUAUUCUGAUAGAGAGGUAGAGACUAUGAGAGGGAACAAUUCCAGGGUAUUCUGAUAGAGAGGUAGAGACUAUGAGAGGGAACAAUUCCAGGGUAUUCUGAUAGAGAGGUAGAGACUAUGAGAGGGAACCGUUCCAGGGUAUUCUGAUAGAGAGGUAGAGACUAUGAGAGGGAACAGUUCCAGGGUAUUCUGAUAGAGAGGUAGAGACUAUGAGAGGGAACAGUUCCAGGGUAUUCUGAUAGAGAGGUAGAGACUAUGAGAGGGAACAGUUCCAGGGUAUUCUGAUAGAGAGGUAGAGACUAUGAGAGGGAACAGUUCCAGGGUAUUCUGAUAGAGAGGUAGAGACUAUGAGAGGGAACAGUUCCAGGGUAUUCUGAUAGAGAGGUAGAGACUAUGAGAGGGAACAGUUCCAGGGUAUUCUGAUAGAGAGGUAGAGACUAUGAGAGGGAACAGUUCCAGGGUAUUCUGAUAGAGAGGUAGAGACUAUGAGAGGGAACAGUUCCAGGGUAUUCUGAUAGAGAGGUAGAGACUAUGAAAGGGAACAGUUCCAGGGUAUUCUGAUAGAGAGGUAGAGACUAUGAGAGGGAACAGUUCCAGGGUAUUCUGAUAGAGAGGUAGAGACUAUGAGAGGGAACAGUUCCAGGGUAUUCUGAGAAUGUGUAGCUACAGUAUAACAAGGCUGUGGGAAACAAACAUUCUGAGAUUCAUAUAGAUUUUAAUGUGUUUGCUAUAGAGUGCAUUCGGUAAGUAUUCAGACCCCUUGACUUUUGACACAUUUUGUUACAUUACAGCCUUAUUCGAACAUGGAUUAUUUUUUUAUUUUUUUUCUCUCAAUCUACACACAAUACCCCAUAAUGACAAAGCAAAAACAGGUUUUUAGGAAUGUUAUCUAAUUUAUAAAAAACCUUUGGCAGCGAUUACAGCCUAGAGUUUUCUUGGGUAUGACGCUUGGCACACCUGUAUUUGGGGAGUUUCUCCCAUUCUUCUCUGCAGAUCCUCUCAAGCUCUGUCAGGUUGGAUGGGGAGCGUCGCUGCACAGCUAUUUUCAGGUCUCUCCAAAGAUGUUCGAUCGUGUUCAAGUCCAGGCUCUGGCUGGGCCACUCAAGGAUAUUCAGAGACUUGUCCCGAAGCCACUCCUGCGUUGUCUUGGCUGUAUGCUUAGGGUUGUUGUCCUGUUGGAAAGUGAACCUUCACCCCAGUCUGAGGUCCUGAGCGCUCUGGAUCAGUAUUUCAUCAGGAUCUCUCUGUACUUUGCUCCGUUCAUCUGUCCCUCGAUCCUGACUAGUUUCCCAGUCCCUGCCGCUGAAAAACAUUACCACAGCAUGAUGCUGCCACCACCAUGCUUCACCGUAGGGAUGGUGCCAUGUUUCCUCCCAGCGUGAAGCUUGGCAUUCAGGCCAAAGAGUUCAAUCUUGGUUUCAUCAGACCAGAUAAUCUUGUUUCUCAUGGUCACAGAGUCCUUUAGGUGGCUUUUGGCAAACUCCACGCGGGCUGUCAUGUGCCUUUUACUGAGGAGUGGCUUCCGUCUGGCCACUCGGCCAUAAAGGCCUGAUUGGUGGAGUGCUGCAGAGAUGGUUGUCCUUCUGGAAGGUUCUCCCAUCUCCACAGAGGAACUCUGGAGCUCUGUCAGAGUGGCCAUCGGGUUCUUGGUCACCUCCCUGACCAAGGCCCUUCUCCCCCGAUUGCUCAGUUUAGCCGGGCGGUCAGCUCUAGGAAGAGUCUUGGUGGUUCCAAACUUCUUCCAUUUAAGAAUGAUGGAGGCCACUGUGUUCUUGGGGUCCUUCAAUGCUGCAGACAUUUGUUGGUACCCUUCCCCAGAUCUGUGCCUCGACACAAUCCUGUCUUGGAGCUCUACGGACAAUUCCUUCGACCUCAUGGCUUGGUUUUUGCUCUGACAUGCACUGUCAACUGUGGGACCUUAUAUAGACAGGUGUGUACCUUUCCAAAUCAUGUCCAAUCAAUUGAAUUUACCACAGGUGGACUCCAAUAAAGUUGUAGAAACAUCUCAAGGAUGAUCAAUGGAAACAGGAUGCACCUGAGCUCAAUUUCGAGUCUCAUAGCAAAGGGUCUGAAUACUUACGUAAAUAAGAUAUCUGUGUUUUUAUUUUUAAUACAUUUGCUAAAAUUUCUAAACCUGUUCGCUUUGUCAUUAUGGGGUAUUGUGUGUAGAUUGAUGAGGAUAAUGUUUUAUUUAAUCAAUUUUAGAUUAAGGCUGUAACGUAACAAAAUGUGGAAAAAGUGAAGGGGUCUGAAUACUUUCCGAAUGCACAGUAUCUAUUUCUCUCCCUCCUGCUAUCUCUCCUUCCGUCCCUCUACAGGUAGACUACACACACGCAGGUUCAUGUGAUAAGUGUUUUGAGAAGCGUAAAGACCGUGCCAAUGCGAACCAGAGCUGCAACUGCACUGUGGUGUUUAACAUCGAAAACAUGUUCAAGGUGUGUGAGUAUGUGUGUUUGCCUUGUUGUGUACACUUCGGCAAGACCACACGCUAAUGUACUGUAUGUGUCAGUGUUCAAAAUGUUGGAAGCGAAAUCCAAGUCCUUUAAGACGCACAGUGAUGAUGCAUUUCCUGUCCCAGGGAGAUGUGUUCUUCUACUACGGCCUGAUCAACUUCCACCAGAACCUCCGGCAAUACAUGGACUCCAGGGACGAUGGACAGAUGAUUGGGAGAAAGGAAAACCUCAAGGUAGCUACUGUUUAUCUAUCAAUCUAUUCUUCUCUGUCUUCAUCCUCUUAAUUCUCUGGUUCAUUCUAAACUUUUACAACUUCUGCCCCAUCAAAUUCUUCCUGUCUGUCUCUACAGAACCCCAGCUCCUAUUGCAAGCCCUUCAUAAAGGAUAAGAACGGACUACCUAUCGCCCCCUGUGGGGCUGUGGCCAACAGCAUGUUCAACGGUAUUACACCAUUACUCAACAAUAUCAGUUUAUGUUAUGAGUCUCUGCUAAUAAUGUGACUGUAUUAAGCACCUUUUAAUAUCCAGUGAUAUGAUCAAAUCUCUCUCUGACAUGAAAUACCUGGUUUUGAUUAAUUGACGAGUUUUGUUUGUGUUUGUCCCAGACUCCUUCACUCUGGUGUACCACUCCGCAGCGAGCGGUCCGGUGGUCCAUGUUCCUCUGUUCAGGAAGGGCAUCACCUGGUACACCGACAAGAACGUCAAGUUCCGCAACCCACAGGCGAACAAGACCCAAACAUUAGCACAGGUGUUUGAAGGUGUGUCUCACACCCAGAGUGUGUUCAUGGCAUGUUCAUCGUUCAUGGCCAUCACUAUUAUUAAUACCACAUUAAUAGACAUUUCUAUCACUGCUUCCUCUUACCUUUCCAAAUGUUGUAUGACUGUUGUCAAAACCUUUUCCAAAUCAUGUCUCAAUGUUGUCUAAAUGUUGUAUUACUGUUGUCAAAACAUUGUCUGGACUCUAGAUCUAACCGUUAUCUAUGUGUUGUCAGGCACGGCCCAGCCUCUGUACUGGCAGAAGCCAGUGUAUGACCUGGACCCCUGGGACCGUAACAACAACGGCUUCAUCAACGAGGACCUGAUUGUGUGGAUGAGGGAGGCUGCCUUCCCCAACUUCAAGAAGCUCUACGGGGUCCUGAACCGAGCCAUAGAACCCUUCACCGAGGGGCUGCCGGCUGGAAACUACAGCGUCCAUAUCUCCUACAGUAUCCUUUGUUAUGCAUAUGGUUAUUAAUGAUUGUCUUACCAGGGAGAUCACAUUGAGAUUUGAGUCAAUUGAAUCAAAACUAUAUAUAUAUAUUUUUUACUGUAUUUCCCAAUUGCAUGCUCCUAUUUCCAACCCUUAGGUGGAUUGGGGUUAGUGUAGCUAGUUUCUCUUUGGAUGGUAGUGAAACAGUAGGUUGUGGCUUGGAUUAUUGGAUUUGUUUAUUUGAUCAGUUUCAAGAACAAUGGAAAGUCACAGCACAUGAAGCACAAAAACAUCUAUUUCCUUUAUCUGUGUGAAAAAAUGAUGGUAGCCCACUAAUAGUAUGCCUACUGACUAUUUAAAGCCUCUAUGUUUACAUUAAAGGUUUGUGUUCACCGUAUGUGGCUAUGUUUAUCCUUGACCUCUGCCCCCUCUCCAGACUUCCCAGUGGAGUACUUCCAGGGCAGAAAGGAAGUGGUCCUGUCCACAGUCAGCUGGUUCGGGGGUCAGAACAACUUCCUGCCCGUAGCCUACCUGGUCACAGGCUGUCUCAUCCUGCUUCUCGCUGUCAUCCUCACCGCAGUCUGGUGGAAGUUUGGUAAGAACGGACGGAAUAUGGAGGAAUGA